AUGAAGGCAGAGAAUGAAGAAAUGGAUGGAAAGGAUGAGAGGAGAAUGAAGGAUAAUCUGCGGAUACAAUUCAUGAAAAGAAUCUUGGUGGAACGUACGAGAGAAAGAGGGUGGAGCAAGUCAUGCAGUGAACCAUCAUUUUACAGCUAUAUGCCUAUGGUGGCUAGGCACUAUCCCUUGAGGGACAAGUAA